GUGUUGGACUAUACUCAUAUUUAGAUCUUGCUCGGAAGGAUCAGAAACUACAGUAAGAUCAAAGAGUUCGGCUUUUGUAUAAAAAGCAUUCACACUACACACGUAAGACAAUUGCAUUAUGUUUUUAGUAAAGCGUCAUCAGGCGUUCAACGCCACUGCUCCUAAGAAAACCGCUUCCACUUUGGUCUCCUCUCUGCUGGCAUCUCCCUCACUAGCAUCCGAAUCCCCGUUUCAACCCAAACCUCCUCCGUCUUCCGAUUUUGAUUCCUCUCCUUUUCAGAAACUUAUCAAGCUUAAAGCUUCCAUACCCUUUUCUAAUCAAAUGGCUACUGCUCGCACCUUCAGUGCCUGUUCUGCCAAUCAUGGGUACAUGUUCCUAUACCUGCCUCUACGCUUCCGCCUUCCUAUAGAUCAACUAUGCUCUCGCCUGCGUCAACUGAAUAUCAACACCCGCCGUAUCCUCAACAUCCAUUUUUCCGAUCAUCACCCUGUUGCCCUCUUAAUUCAUAAUGAUUAUAAAAAUGAACUCCGCUCACAAUUAAAGAAAUUUAAGAUUCCCACAGGAUGA